CGACAAUUUGUGAGACCAUCAAAUUCCAUCUGGACAGCCAUGAACACAGAGUCACUGUACCACAGCAUCCUCGCGCUCCUUUGCUUGUAGCCGCCAACGCACGCAUGCCGCUCUAGCCAUUGUCCUUCAAUUGUCUCGACUCGACUUCCUUGAAGAUGGUGUUCGAGCUCGGUGCAACAACCACUUUCAGUCGUUUCCCUAUUCCUUAGUCGUCUGAAUCUUCGAGUAUUUCGCUUAUCUUCCCGAACCUUGAGCUCAUGACGUCCCAGCGCAGCCAUGGACUGUCACCUGCUUCCAUUGAGACCAUUGCAGGCUUGUCUGCCGGCCUCAUAUCCACCGUGAUUGUCCACCCUUUGGAUAUCAUCAAAACGAGGUUGCAGGUCGACACUUCUGCCCACCCUCUCCUAAAUUCCUCUCGAGCUGUUCUUCGAGACAUCUUGCGAAAUGAAGGCCCCAGUCGGCUCGCAGCACUGUACCGAGGACUGAGCCCCAAUCUGGUGGGCAAUUCUGCUGGCUGGGCUUUGUACUUCUUGUGGUACCGUGAAGCUCAAGAUGCCAUCCGAAACCUCCGAGGCUAUGCGGCCGGUCAACAUCUCACAGCUGUCGACUACCUCACGGCCUCCUCUGCGUCUGGCCUGCUCGCUGCGAUACUUACGAAUCCAAUCUGGGUGGUAAAGACGCGAAUGCUUUCCACCUCCGCCUCUCAAGCGGGAGCAUAUCCGGGUUUGAUGUUCGGAUUGCGAGCAAUAUACAAAACAGAAGGCUUCCGUGGGUUCUUUCAUGGCCUAACUCCUACGCUGGUCGGCGUCAGCCAUGGUUCGCUGUAUUUUGUGGCUUACGAGAAGCUCAAGCUAUGGCGUAAGACGGCCAAGAGAGACCAGCCACUCUCUAACCUAGAUACAAUAAUGGCUUCCUCGUUGUCAAAGGUCUUCGCUGGGACCGUGACUUAUCCUCAUCAACUGGUGCGAGCCAGGCUGCAGACUUACGACCCAAGUGCGACAACCCAUGUGAGGGGCCCAGGUGUCAUUGCCUUGAUCAAGCAGAUUUGGCGCAACGAAGGGUUCGUGGGCUAUUACAAAGGUCUCUUUCCCAACCUUCUGCGGGUGGUCCCUAGUACAUGUGUUACUUUCCUCGUGUAUGAGAAUACUCGGUGGAUUUUGCCGAGGAUGUUUGGGGAUGUGGAGGAGGAACCUGCCAUGGCCACGGGGGUGGCGCGGAAAGGGGAGAGGCCCUUGUAAAGAGGAAACAAGCGGUCAGUUCAUCUGAGAGUGGGCUUCAAUCCACCACAUCAGACGCCAGGCUUUCCUGCAUAAAAUUGUCUCGUGCAGCACACCACGCCGUCGGCGUUCCCUGAUCAGCGGUCAUGUGGCCUAGGGAACAGGAGACAGGUGGUUUCUCAACAUUGCCGUCAUGGUGAGAGUCGUCCCACCGCGGCUUUGCAACGGCAUUGCCAUCUCGAGGCAAGGGUCGGGUCAAUCGCAAGGUCUAUUGCGGUUUUACCAUGCUGAAUUGAGUAGUCGAGGUUAGUGGCGGCGGCCUCCGAAGCGGGAUGGAACGCACUACCAUGAUAGUAAGGGUCGAUCGUUCGCUUCCUGGGACAUCACAGGGCCAUAAGAGACCUCGAAGAGGCGAACAUGGAAGGCAACUCUGAUCGAGGCCACCAAUCAUGACGAUGGUCAGCAGGUCAGCUAGCCAACAUUGACAAAUUUCCACUCUUGAAUACAAGGUCCCCCCACUGGAUUUGCAAGACUAGGGUAGGGGUGCAUGCCCACAACCUAGUACCUUGCAUUGCAUUGGAGCAGACAGCCUUAUCCACACCCUUUCCAGCCCAAACUCCUCCCCCGAACGAAAGAGGAGAUGUUCUGGAGACAAAGCCAAGAUUACCGAGCGUAACCUUGGGCGGAACGGGGCAAGUGUGGCGUGUUCGGUUUGAAGCGGUCCGAUAUCCAUUGCGAAAGUGCGGGUGCGAGACGGAUCCCAUGCCUGUUCCUGCGUCAAUGCCUCCAUCCACGAGUUGCGAGAGUGUCUUGAGAUUUGCUGGCACGGGGAGAAAAAGAAACUUCCAACCCACCAAGCCUUUAAUAGUCGUGAUGAGGUGGACCACCUCGUCUGGGAAAGCGUGAAGCUUACCAGCCCUUGGAUUCCGCAGCUAUCAGUUACUGCACCGGACUCGGGCUGAGGAGGGCGGCGGCGACCAAUGCAUGGCCGAAAGAGAAGGGGGCUUCGUAGCGUGGGAGAGCGAAACGGGAUUCCAUGAUCUGGCUCUUUUUCUCAG